AUGUUUGCACGAGGAGGUAAGUUAUUCCCUAAGGCACUUGCCCUGACGGGUACAGUCGGAGGUGCCUUGGCAGUUCACCAAUAUAUGGAUUCCAGGAGACAAAGCUCAGCAUUGAGUAAUGAAGUCCCAGUCGUAUCUCCUAUCGACCCCAGGCCAUCUGUUAAUCUGCCAAGUAGAGAGGAUCUUUUAUCAAAUUUACAAAAAACCGAUAAAUUUGACGUUUUAAUUAUCGGCGGUGGUGCUUCAGGUGCUGGUUCAGCAUUAGACGCUGCUACAAGAGGUCUUAAUGUCGCAUGCGUAGAAGCUAACGAUUUUGCGUCUGGUACUUCUUCCAAAUCCACAAAAAUGGCUCAUGGUGGUGUUCGUUAUCUGGAAAAAGCUGUUUUCGAAUUAUCAAGGGCUCAAUUGGAUCUGGUUAUCGAAGCUCUUAACGAACGUGGUCACAUGCUGGAGACUGCACCUCAUUUGUGCAAAAUCUUACCUAUUAUGAUUCCUGUUUAUUCUUAUUGGCAAGUUCCCUAUUUCUUUGCUGGUUGUAAAUUAUAUGAUUGGUUUGCUGGUAAACAAAACUUAAGAUCUUCUUACCUUUUGUCCAAGACUUAUGCAUCUGAAUUGGCUCCAAUGUUGGAUGAAAGUAAAUUGAAAGCUGGUCUUGUUUAUCACGAUGGUUCCUUUAAUGAUUCACGUAUGAAUUCUACUUUAGCUAUUUCAGCUAUUGAACAUGGGGCUACUGUAUUAAAUUAUGUCAAAGUUACUCAAUUACUAAAGGAUUCUUCUACCAAUAAAGUCGAAGGUGCUAUCGUAGAGGAUCAAGAAACUGGGAAACAAUAUCAAGUUAAAGCUAAGGUUACCGUAAAUGCCACUGGUCCUUAUUCUGAUUUAAUUUUACAAAUGGAUAAGAAUAAGAACGGUCUGCCUGAUCCUCAACCACCUCAACCUGCUAAUGUUUCUAUUGCUACUGAAGUUGCAGUUAAUAAACCAAAUAUGGUUGUCCCCAGUGCAGGUGUUCACAUUAUUCUACCUUCGUACUAUUGUCCCAAAACUGUUGGGUUGUUAGAUGUUAAAACUGCCGAUGGUAGAGUUAUGUUUUUCUUACCAUGGCAAGGUAAAGUUUUAGCAGGUACUACUGAUAUUCCAAUGAAAACUGUCCCACAAAAUCCAACUGCAACUGAAGCCGAUAUCCAAGAUAUCUUGCGUGAAUUACAACACUAUAUCAAAUUCCCUGUCAGAAGAGAAGAUGUUCUAUCUGCAUGGGCUGGUAUUAGACCAUUAGUUAUGGAUCCAAGAAAGAGAAAAGACACUGGUGGUAGCACUGAAGGUUUGGUUAGAAAUCAUCUGAUUUUUACUAGUGAAACUGGUUUAAUUACGUUAGCAGGUGGUAAAUGGACCACUUACAGAGAAAUGGCUGAACAAACUAUCGAUGAGGUUGUUAAAGAAGGUGGAUUUAGUGUUAAACCAUGCAUUACAAGGAAAAUAAAAUUAGCCGGUGGUGAAAAUUGGACUCCAAAUUUAAGUGCCCUGUUGGCCCAGCACUAUAAAUUAUCACAAGCCAUGUCUCAACAUUUAUCUAACAAUUACGGUACAAGAGCUCCAAUAAUUUGCGAAUUGUUUAAAGAAGAUGAAAGAAACCAAUUACCUGUAGCAUUUGGUGGCAGAGAAAAUGUUACCGUUUUACACCACGUUAACUUCGAUUCUUUCCGUUAUCCAUUCACUAUCGGUGAAUUUCUCUACUCGAUCCGUCAUGAAUAUUCUAGAAAAGCUACUGAUUUCUUAAUGAGAAGAACUAGAUACGCCUUUUUAGAUGCAGCUAACGCAUUGACUGCUGUCGAAGGUACCGUUAAGGUUAUGGGUGAUGAAUUAAACUGGGAUUCAGCAAGAAGACAGCGUGAAAUCGAGGAAUGCACUGAAUUCAUCAAAACUUUUGGUGUGUAA